AUGAAUAAUGAACUUAUCAGGAAAGUUUAUUGGUUGACAAAACUUUACUUUCACGUGACGUGUGGAAAUUUCCAUUAUUUCGACGGAGGUAACCGAGUUUACACAAAGGACAUUGGAUUAAAAUAAAAAGGCCAAUGAAUAAUUCCCCCGAUUCCGAUCAGGAUAGGGAGGAAGUCUCGCAUAGAACGGAGGCAACUGGUAUAUACAUUGGAAACACAGAGCCUACAUCAAUUGCAGACCUGGAACAACUGUGUGCAAUAGCCAAUUCAUUAAGAGAAGAAAAAUAUGAUUUGGAAAAUAAGAACGAUGAACUACAGCAUCAAACAUUGACGUUAAAACGCGAAAAUAAUGAUGCAAGAAGGAAAAUAAGAGAAUUAGAAGAUGCUGUUGAAACAGAGAAUGAGAGACAUGAACGUGGCACGAGAGAACUGCAGAGUCAAUGUGACGAAAGAAUUAACGAUAUGUACGAUACCUUACACAAACAAAGACUACAGAUAGAACAUAAAGAUGAACUAAUACGAUCUAUGACAAAGGAAAUGACCACUAUGAAGACAAGACUCAUGACGUACGAAAAUGAUCAUAUGAGAGAUAUCAGACCAAGACAGUCAAAGAGAUUCAAAAGAAGCAUGAUACCAGAAUGUAAACACUGCCACUCCGCAAUUACAGAUGGCAACGAGGAGUGCUGUUUUCACCCUGAAAAACCAGUUCGUGCAGUAAACUACAGCAAAACAAACCCGGUAAUGCUUUGGAAGUGUUGUUACCAGGUAGCUAAAAAAGAACCUUUUGGGUGUACAAGUCAUUCCAACCAUGAACCAGUGGUAUGAAUUCGAUCAGCCAUUCAUGUUUUCCCGAGAUAUUUUUACCCAAUUAAUCUAAAAUUCUGUUAGCUUUUGAUGAGAGAUUUUCUUGUGGAAAAUUCCUUUCUAAAUAUGAAUUACAUUAUUUUUGUUAGUAUAUGUGAAACUCUAAUCGCAAAAGGAUAAUACUUCAGUAUCUUAAUCUUUAUAGAUAUUUGUAAGUGUACUUACUAUACUAUUGAUACCAUCAAUAUUGUCAUUGGAUAUUAAUUUAUCCAGUUCAAACUUAUAAUAUUUAGGGAAUAUUUAUGUGGUAUUAUUUGAUGCAUAUGUAUUUUAUUUUAUUCUAUUUGUAAUAAGCCAACUGCCACUAGUCUAUACAUAUUUUAUUUGUAUCAAAAAGUAAUAUCGCAAAGGUAUCUGACUCUGAGGAAUACUAAAAAAGGAACGCUCUUAAUCAAAUGGAAAAAUCAAAAGCUCAAACAAAUUAAACGAAUAGAAACCAACUAUAAUAUUCCUGAAUUGGCACAGGAAUUUUCUUAUGUAGAAAAUUGUGUAUUAAAUCUGGUUUUAUAGCUAGAUAAACCUCUCACUUGUAUGACAGUCGCUUAAAAUUCUAUUAUAUUGACAUCGAUAUGUGAACAAAACAAACAGACAUAAUAGGUAAAGAUGUCGAAAUAGGGGUACAGCAGUCAAAAUGUGUUUUUAUCUUAAAGAUUUUUAAACAAACAAAUAUGUAACAAAUAAAAACAAAAAGGCAUAUAGACAAAGCACAUUAGUAAAAAUAAAAGACACGAAUCCAAAAAGUAAAACUUUUACGAUUCAAAGAUUUUCAGUUAAAUGGGUGUCUUACUUUUGGCUGAAUACAUUUACAUCAUUAGUCAGCUUUUUUUCAUUUGUGAAUAUGUAAAUUGGGAGUAUCUGUUUGUCUAUCAUAUGGCAUAUACCUUCAACCUCAUUUUCAUUUUCAAAUGGCCAGUAAGACCAUAUUUUAAUGAAAAAUUAUACUAAAAAUAUCACUCCAUUUACAUUAAAUUGUGUGUAUGACCAGUUUCACGUUGUCUUUCUCUUAAAUUCAGAAUGCAUAAAUCCAAUAUAUCUGAAAGCGAGAUAGUUUAAUAUUUUAACUCUUGCACUCUCUUCAUGCUUCAUUUUUGCGGGUAGAGAAUUAAAAUGUCCGCUCGAGAAUACAUAUUUUACCACAAAGUAUCAAAACUUGUUUUAGAGUGUGAAUCUGAAUGAUACUCGAAGAUAAUUGUUAGGGAAAUGUUCAUUGAAAGUUGAAAAUCCAGACAUAAUACAUUUCAACUACUAUUUGUAUCACAGUCCAACCAUCAUUUAUAUGGAUACAUAUGUAUUUUUUUAAAACAGUGAUUUAGUUAAUAUAAACGCCUUAUAAAGAUUUGUUCACAAAAUAACCUAGUAACAUACUCUAGAAUAUGUUUUUUUUUUAUCACAGAAACAUCAUAUAUAUUAACUGCUUGAACAUAUAAUAUAUUUUUGUUGAAAUUUGUACGUAUUUGAUAAUGCAGUAUACUUGUUGAUGAUGCACACAAUAGGAUAAUGUAUAUAUAACUGUUUUUUUU